AGGACGAGAGCGCGCGCCAAACUUCGAAAGUUUAAAGGCUCUGCGACCGCGGCUCGGAUUUCGCGCCACUUUUUUGAAACCCAGAGGCUUCCAUGAGAAGGAAAGCGAUCGGUAGCCAUUAAAGCUACCCCUUCCCUUCAAUCCAAUUUCUAACCAACAACCCAUUCGACGAAUUGCCCCACCGAAAUCCUCAUCGGAAAGCGAGAUGUACGUUGUGAAGAGGGACGGGAGACGGGAGGCGGUCCACUUCGACAAGAUAACGGCGCGUUUGAAGAAGCUGAGCUAUGGUUUGAACACCGAUCACUGCGAUCCCGUGCUUGUUGCGCAGAAGGUUUGCCUUGGGGUCUACAAGGGUGUUACUACCAGUCAACUAGAUGAGCUCGCCGCGGAGACAGCUGCUGCUAUGACGGCCAAUCACCCGGAUUACGCGUCGCUGGCGGCAAGGAUUGCUGUUUCUAAUCUGCACAAGAAUACUAAGAAGUUGUUCUCAGAGACCAUCAAAGAAUUGUAUAAUCAUAUUAAUGAGAAAACAGGGCAGAAGGCACCGUUGAUUUCCGAUGAUGUUUAUGAGAUAGUGAUGAAGAAUGCAGCUUGUUUGGACAGUGAAAUUAUAUAUGACAGGGAUUUUGACUACGAUUAUUUUGGUUUCAAAACCCUCGAGCGAUCCUACCUCUUGAAAGUUUCUGGGAAGGUCAUCGAAAGGCCUCAACACAUGUUGAUGAGAGUUGCUGUUGGGAUUCACAAAGAUGAUAUUGUGUCUGCAAUCAGAACAUACCAUUUGAUGUCUCAGCGAUGGUUUACUCACGCUUCUCCUACACUGUUCAAUGCAGGCACUCCCAAGCCUCAGUUAAGCAGCUGCUUCUUGGUUUGCAUGAAAGAUGAUAGCAUUGAUGGGAUAUAUGAUACACUGAAGGAGUGCGCAGUUAUAAGCAAGUCUGCUGGAGGAAUUGGUGUCUCUGUUCAUAACAUUCGUGCCACCGGAAGUUAUAUUCGUGGAACGAAUGGAACAUCGAAUGGCAUUGUUCCCAUGUUGCGUGUUUUUAAUGACACCGCUCGAUAUGUUGAUCAAGGGGGUGGAAAGAGGAAAGGUGCCUUUGCUGUCUAUUUGGAGCCUUGGCAUGCUGAUGUUUUUGAGUUUCUUGAUCUCAGAAAAAACCAUGGGAAGGAGGAACAUAGAGCCAGAGAUCUUUUUUAUGCCCUAUGGAUUCCCGAUCUUUUCAUGGAAAGAGUCCAAAGUAAUGAGGAAUGGUCAUUAUUCUGCCCAAACGAGGCUCCUGGUUUGGCUGAUUGUUGGGGAGAUGACUUUGUGAGACUGUAUCUAAAAUAUGAGAAAGAGGGAAAAGCUAAGAAGGUUGUUCCUGCCCAGAACCUGUGGUUUGAGAUUCUAAAGUCACAGAUAGAAACUGGAACACCAUUUAUGCUCUUUAAGGAUACCUGUAAUAGAAAGAGCAAUCAACAGAAUUUAGGGACCAUCAAAUCAUCAAACCUAUGUACUGAGAUUAUUGAGUUUAGCAGUCCAACAGAAACUGCUGUGUGUAACCUCGCAUCCAUAGCUUUACCUCGUUUCGUUAGAGAGAUGGGUGUUUCAUUGGAGUCCCAUCCAUCGAAGCUUGUAGGGAGCAUUGGUUCAAAAAACAGAUAUUUUGAUUUUAACAAGUUGGCUGAAGUUUCUGCUAUAGUUACAACAAACCUCAACAAGAUUAUAGAUGUGAAUUAUUAUCCAGUUGAGACAGCAAGGAAUUCAAAUCUUAGGCACAGGCCUAUUGGAAUUGGGGUUCAGGGUUUAGCUGAUACGUUCAUACUGCUUGGCAUGCCUUUUGAUUCACCAGAGGCUCAACAGCUGAACAAGGAUAUGUUUGAGACUAUAUAUUACCAUGCUCUAAAAGCUUCCGCAGAGCUAGCUGCAAAGGAAGGUCCAUAUGAAACAUACGAAGGAAGUCCCAUAAGCAAGGGAAUUCUACAACCCGACAUGUGGAACGUGACCCCAUCCGACCGAUGGGAUUGGCCUGCUUUGAGGCAAUUGAUAUCCAAAAAUGGAGUAAGAAAUUCUCUACUUGUUGCACCCAUGCCCACUGCUUCAACAAGCCAAAUUCUAGGAAAUAAUGAGUGUUUUGAGCCAUACACAUCAAACAUCUACAGUCGCAGAGUUUUGAGCGGCGAAUUCGUUGUGGUGAACAAACAUCUCUUGCAUGAUCUGACGGAGAUGAAUCUUUGGUCCGCAACUCUCAAAAACAAAAUACUAUAUGAGAACGGUUCCAUUCUCAAGAUUUCGGAAAUUUCGGAUCAUCUUAAAGCAAUUUAUAAAACUGUAUGGGAGAUUAAGCAAAGAACUAUAGUGGACAUGGCUGUUGAUCGAGGAUGUUACAUAGAUCAAAGCCAAAGUUUGAACAUUCAUAUAGAGCAACCUAAUUUUGGGAAAUUAACAUCUCUGCACUUCCAUGCUUGGUCCAAGGGCCUUAAAACUGGAAUGUAUUAUUUGCGCUCACGUGCUGCUGCCGAUGCAAUAAAGUUCACCGUUGAUACCUCAACCCUAGAGGAUAAAAAUGCAGCCGAAAACCGAGAUGUAGAAGCCAGUCUUGCCCAGGUGGCUUGCUCAUUUGAAAACAAGGAAGCAUGCGUGGCUUGUGGGAGUUGAAAAAGGGGACUCUUCUGGGUCUCAUUUCAGGUUCUUCUUUCAGUUAAUUUCCUGCUGGAGUUUGUGUGUUAACAAAGGCUUCAUUGUUUUUAAAGUCCAUGUGCUGUAUAUAUAAGCUUAUGAGUCCUUGUGGUUGUAUUUUUUUUUUCCUUAAUUCUGUCACAAACGCUUGAAAUUAUGCUAUAUUUUAUUUA